CGCAGCUUCGGAGCCACACCUGAGAACUGGACGACUUCAACCCCGACACACACACGGACACACACAAGGAAAAACACACGGACACACACUCUCUCACCUGAGUGGCACUGUUCAUACACUAGGGGGCCCAGCUCCCGGUUAGUUUCAUAAACAUGACGUCAACACAUUUCUUCCUCGCUCCUGAAGGAAACAUGUCUUCCCUCUACCUCCUCCUGCUGCUGCUCCCCCUUGUGGCAGCUCAGACAUGGAACUGGGGUCCCUGCCCCUCACCCCCAGUUCAGCCCGACUUCAACGUCCAGCAGUAUCUGGGGAGAUGGUACGAGAUCGAGAAGCUUCCUGCUUCAUUUGAAAGAGGAAAGUGCAUCGAAGCAAACUAUUCUCUGAGGAAAGAUGGAACCAUCCGGGUGCUCAACUCUCAGUUCUAUGAGAACGAGACGAGUACGGCCGAAGGGACGGCGGUGGUUCGAGACCCGAGGGAAGCAGCCAAACUGGGAGUCAGCUUCUCGUACUUCUCUCCCUACAGCCCGUACUGGGUUCUGUCCACUGACUACACCGGUUUCACCAUCGUGUACUCGUGCACCGACUUCUUCCGCCUGUUCCAUGUGGAAUUCGCCUGGAUCCUCACCCGCUCACGCUUCCCACCUGCGGAGACGGUGCAGAACGCCAAAGAUCUACUGAUCAGCGAGGGAAUCGACCUGACCAGGAUGAAGGCCGCAGGUCAGACUGGCUGCAGAGACGAGUGAUGGAGACGUCGAGUGGAAGUGAUCUGCAGUGGGAAUAUGUUUUAAAUAUGUUUGUUUAUCUUUAUUCUGUAUUAGCUGCUCGGGAAUUUAAACAUGAAACUGAUAAACUCACAUGAACUCC